AUGAAGAAACUAUUGCUUGAGGACUCUUUUGUUCCAAAUAUCCCACCCCCAUCUCUCCUAAAACUCGAAAAUGGACAGCUCGUGACGCCUACAGGAGUUCGAUUCGACAUUCCUCGUUGUGGGAGAAACAUCGGGAAGAUGAAUAUGGAGGAAAGCUGCUAUAAUCAGCUGGAUAGGAACGGGAAGCUUACGCAAUCAAACGAUCAUCCACGUUUGGUUCAACCCAAUUCAUCGUCUGAUGAAGCUCCGCGAAUAAAUAUGUGGAUGUAUACCCAUCGACAGACUGGAAUCGGACCUCGACAAGAGAAGUUCACCGAAGAGGUGGCUUUGUCAAAGAACGAUGUGAUGAAAAUCGUUUCCACCAAAACUCAGAUUGAUGUAAAGCCAAAGAGUGUUAAGGAUCGAAACGAGAGAAACGAGCGCGUUCGUUCUCUGAAUCAUCACCGAUUUGUUGAAUACUUAAAGCAUUCGACUCACAAGAAAGUCAAGCCUCUCAAACAUCCACAGGGCUGCUUAUUCUGCAAAGACAAAGAACAUUCUGCUCAACACUGUCAUGUCUACCCUGAAGUCGAUUCCCGUAUCGAGUUCCUCAACAAAAAUCAGCUGUGCCACCACUGUGUGUUCCCUGGACAUGAUGCUCAAAACUGUCCAACCUUCCACAGAAAAAGUGUUUGCCGUUAUUGCAAAGGUAGACAUAUCUUGGCGAUCUGCAAAAGUUCAACAAUUCCUGCAAAUACCAGCCAACAUUCAUCAACCGAAUCUUCCUCUACUCUUCAAGAUGCAACAAUCAAACGCAUGGAUUAA